CAUUAGUACAAAAGAUGUGUAAACACUCUUAGAACAUCUCACCGGCAUGGCUUCUAUCUAGUUCAUUUUUUACUGCUUGUGGAUCCUAUAUUAAGAUUAUUGAAAUACUAAUUAACUUUUUAAGGCGCUUGUUCUUGCUAAUUCAAUAGUAAUCUAUUUUUGAAAUGAUUAGAAUAUGCCAUAAAUACUGCAAAUUUGCAAACUACUCCUUUUAUCGCUCAGAAUUAAAACUUACUAGACGACAAUCAAAUUGCUCUUUCUAUGAAAGGGCUUAUAAUUUGAUUACAAAUCGCCUUGAGGUUAAUACUGAAGAAGAUUUGACUGAAAAGGGAGAAUUAAGGACUUCAGCAGAACUGUUACGUAAUCUAAAUUAUGACCUAUACGAACUAUUCGAAUGCCCUUUUGUUCUAUUAUUGAAUGAAGACUCUAUCCUUCAAAGUGUCGCGAAGCUGGAACAAACUAAAUUUCAACGUAGUAUACCAUUUCUAUGGCUUUGUCAUAAUACACCAUCACCUUCUCUUCAUUCAAGACUUAAAAAGUAUACCAAAUCAAUGAUGGACUAUAAUAGUAAUAUAUCACUUUGGAGGGAUAAACUAAAGUUAACUGAUUCUGAACUAUCUGGCCUCUUUAUAAACAACAGACGAUUGUUUCAGUUGACUAAAGAUAAAAUUCCGAAUAAAACAUCAAUAAUCAAAAAAUGUAAUAAACUGGAAUUACUUUUGAACGAUGGUUACGAAUUAGAUGAAAUUAAACGCCAUAGUUUUGUGUUAACGAAUCCUACUGUUGAAACUCUCGAACAGCGUUUAAAAGAAUUAGAAAAAUUAAACAUACAACCAAAACCUCCUAUAGCAUGGCUAUCUCAGGCUAAAUCAGUUUAUGAGUCGCUUGUUAAUAAUUUUAGGACCGAAGAACAAAAAAUGGAGAAAAUUUCCGAAGAACUUAAUAUUGACUUAACACAACUCUUGCUGCUUGAGACAUGGAAUAAUAUGUCAGCUACGAAUUACAGAGAGAAAUUAAAAUUUUUUAUAGACAAGGGAUAUAGUAUCGAUCAAUUAAUUGAUUACCAGAGAAUUGGAUUAUUUUCGUUAGAUACAAUCAAGAAGAGCUAUGAAGAACUAGAAAACCUUGGAUCUGACUUUAUAACACUAGAGGUACGUUUCUGAAAAUUGUAAUAUGUCGUGAAAACUAUUUUGUGACACUUCCAAUUUCAGUCACUUGCCCAUUACUGUAAGCACAAUAAAUUGUCUUUCGUGAGGAGAAGAACUGCAAACAAAUUAUUUAAAAUUCUCGAAUGUAAUGCAGAAGAUACCGUUGAGUUAGAUAAAGAGAGGAGAGUUUUGUUGGUACAAAAAUUCACAGUUCUAGAAUGCAAUAGGACGUUGUUAUUGAAACGAAAUUUUCAAUUAGAUGAUUUAAGAAAGUGCCCCCUACCCUUAGGACACGCAACUAAAGUGUUAGAAGAGCAUUUGGACAAGAUAGAAAGGGAAGAUAUAGUAAAGAAAUGGAUGAGGGAAGGUGAAAGAUUAAAAAUUCUGAAUUAUUUACAAUAUUCAAUAGAAAAAAGUGUUAAUUUUCAAAGUUCAGCAGUUUUACACGAUGAUUUUAACGUUGAUGAUUAAAAUAUCGAGUACAUUGUUAAUAAUUUCGUUCUUAUUCUAGUGAAAUUCUAAACUGGCGAGAAAAUAAAUUUAUAGAGCACUACAGGAAAUUUAUUGCUCUUUUGCAUAAAAUGUGUUAAGCAAAAGGCAGUAAUUUAAAGGAUAUUAAGGCGCUUUCAUGAACAUUAUCUUACCUAUUUACUUAAGAAAUACAUGAAAAAGUAUUUAAUUAUAUAUAUAUACUACGGCGUAAACUUUAUUAGUAUAAUGGAAAUAGCCGAAUUAAGUCUAUCAACAGUUCUCCCUUUACAUCUAAUACGUUUUUGCUUCACCUUGCAAUAGCCUCAAAUUAAAAAGACUUAAAGGUUGGACGCAUGCUUUUUAUAGACUAAAUAAAUGUACCAAUUACACGAUAAGAAGAUAUUACGUAUUCCUUUGAUAUAGUAAUCUUUCUUCGAAAAUCUAAAAAAGAAAAAACUGACCCUUUUUAUAAAUUACAAAACACUAAAAGAAAAGGGAUUAAAAAAAAACAAAGAG